AUGGAUGAUGCCACUGAACUACGGACUGAUGGGAAUUCCCUGCUAAAGGCUGUCUGGUUGGGAAGGUUGAGGUUAACCAGACUUCUGUUAGAAGGUGGAGCAUAUAUCAACGAGAGCAAUGAAAGGGGUGAGACUGCUCUCAUGGUGGCUUGCAUGACCAGGCACGUUGACCAGCAGAGUGUGAGCAAAGCCAAGAUGGUCAAAUACCUGCUGGAAAAUCAAGCAGACCCAAACAUUCAAGAUAAGUCUGGUAAAACAGCGCUGAUGCAUGCCUGCAUCGAGAGGGCUGGAGAGGAAGCUGUGUCCCUGCUGCUGACCAAUGGAGCUGAUCCAAGUUUGGAGGAUCAUUCGGGGGCUUCAGCGCUGGUUUAUGCCAUCAACACAGAUGACAAAGAGGUCCUUAAAUGUCUGCUGAAUGCCUGCAAAGCCAAAGGGAAAGAAGUCAUAAUAAUAACUACUGAUAAAUCUCCUUCUGGUACUAAAACAACAAAGCAGUAUCUAAAUGUCCCACCAUCUCCAGAGUUGGAAGAGAGACAUAUGCCACUGUGUAUGUCCCCAUCUGAUAUUGAGCUCAAGACAUCUUUGACUCCAUCGCCUACCAGUGAGCAGGAAGAUGAGAAAUCCUUUAACUUCCAAGUUAUCUCACAUCAGACUGCAAGUUACACCAGCAAACCACACAACGAUCUGGGCUCCCCCACCAGAAAAGCCAAUCCAAAAAGAAUCGGGACACGGCUGCCACAGUUAAAGAGGCUUCAGUCAGAGCCCUGGGGUUUGGUUGCUCCAUCUGUCUUAGCAGCUUCUGCUUACCAGGAAGAGAGCAAAAGAGUUAGCCCAGAUGAGGAGAUCAUGCAGGGGAUCAAUGGGUUGACUCUGCCCAAGCGAACCACAUUGUCCAGGACCAACAGCAUAGAGAGUAAAGACCCGUCUACAUUCCCGUUUGUUGGUGACUCGACUUCCAGGACUCCCUCCACAUCGGCGCCAGUUUCCCGGAAGCAGUCCUACGAGAAGAAUCAAGCUCAGCACCAGCCUUUAGCUCGAAGAAGCACCUUGCCUUCUGAGCAAGACAGUGUCAGCAGCUUUGCUUCAACUGGCCAAGUGAGCUUGCGGGACACUGUCCACCGCAGAAGACUGGGCAACGACCACUAUGAUUCAGACUCCCAGCUUUAUUCAGAUUCAGUUACCAAUCCAUUUGAUACAGUAAAAGUCACUUUUGAAAGAAAGAAACACAACACCUCUCCUUUGACCUUGUUGAACAGUUCCCGUGAGUCUUUAGACAGCAUCUCCAGCACAUCACCUGGAUCUGUUCGCCGCAGACCCCCAGGUCUUCUUGAAAGACGAGGUUCUGGAACACUUCUUCUGGAUCACAUCUCUCACACAAGGCCUGGACAUCUGCCCCCACUAAACGUCAAUCCCAACCCACCCAUCCCUGACAUCGGGUGCAACAGCAAGCCUUCAUCCCCGCUGACCAUGUGCUUGAAGUCCGUGGUUCCCAUGGCACCAUCUUCACCAAAGCGAAAUGACAUGAAAGCCAAGAAGAAGCUGGUGAGAAGACAUUCGAUGCAGGUGGAACAAAUGAAGCAGCUGUCUGACUUUGAGGAGCUGAACACUUAG